AUGGCCCUACCGGAACUGGGAGCUGAACUUCAACUUCCGGAACCAGGACUACGACGCCGAAAAAUACGUCCAGUACGCCUCUCCCGAGUACUUGUCGUCCACCGAUUCGGUUGUGGUGGCAAUGCGCGGCUCUUCGUGGAACACGCCCGCGACGUCCAGCGCCGCCGGGAGCGGGAAGAGGAGCUUCCGGAAGCACUGGAGGAAACGGAGGCCGAAAGGAUGGUGCGGGAGGUCGACGCCCAGGUCGCAGAGGCGUCGAAGGCCUUCGACGCAGACCGCCUGGAAGAGGAACUGCUGCGCCGGGCCUGA